AUGGUAGACGCCAAGAAGACAAAAAUGUCUUUGGAGUCCAAUGACUCCAGGCUCCAGCUGGUUAUGAAACGUGGCAAAUAUACGCUACACUACAAACAGACUUUACAAAUGAUACAUCAAGGCAAAGCCAGGAUUCCUUCAUCAAAAGUGAAAGUUAUUCAUGCCAACUACAGUCCAACCUUGAGGAAGUUGGAGAUUGAGCACUAUACUAUUUUAGCCAAGACUGGGGUGCACCAUCACCUUGGCAACAACAUUAAACCAGGUACAGCUUGUGGUAAAUACUCCCAAGUCUGCACAUUGGCUAUCAUUGAUCCUGGUGAUUCUGAUAUCAUCAGGAUCACACCAGACAAAUCAACAAGAAAUAAAUUUAGUCUGUUUAAAAAAAACAAUAACAGCAACAACUCCUACCUGUGA